GACUUAAAUAAUUAAAGGAGUUCAUUACACAAAAUCCAAGUCAAAAAGCAGUCGUCCCCACCUCCCUAUUCCCACCACUUUUUCUCAAAAUUUCUUUCCCACCACUUGCCAAUGGCCAUAACACUAUGUACAAUGAGCUAGGUUUUCACCUAAUAAAGGGCUUUUACGCUUCAAGGGUGAUAAGUUUUAUUACGCGACUUCAAUAAUCCAGUUAAGGUAGGAAGUUUUGUGUCUACAAUUAUUUUUGUGAUGAUGCUUGUAUUGAACUUCUUUGCUUCCAUAAGUCCAGUUUGGGUAAAAAGCUUUGUGUUGGAAUUGUUACUAAUGCAUGAAUUGAACUUCUUUGCUUUAAAACAUGCCAAUUAAUUCUUUAUAUUUUUUCUAUUUUUGGGGUCACGCCGUCACGGGCAUACCAUAGAAUCAUAAUCAAGUUCAUUCUUAAUUAAUUUGCUUCUUUGUUUUCAUACAUGGUAAAUUCUUUAUUUUUCUUCUAUAGAAUCAUACGCAAGUUCAUUCAUAAUUUGCUUCUUUAUUUUCUAAGUUCUUUAAUUUGCUUCUUAAUUUUGGUGUCACAUGCUGAUUAUAAAAUCAUAUUCAUUAUUUUCUUCUUUGCUUUCAUACAUGCUAAUUAAUUCUUCAUUUUUUUCUUCCUAUUUUGGUGUCACAGGCAGCUCCAAUAUUUUAAGCAAGUCUAUUCAUUACUUUCAUCUUGAAAUAUAUACAACUUGAUUGGAUAUUCUUAAAUCACAGGUAAAGUAUCAUUGUCUUGCAAUCGUGAUAGUUAAUUUACAUUCAUCAAGUUCAAAUUCUGAAUCCAGUUCUCUGACUGACAACAAGUAGUUAAUGUCAACUCCAAAUUCUCCCCUCCCUACCCAUACUUCUCCUACCUCCACCACCAAUCACCUUCAUCGUCGUCGCUUCUCACUUCCACCAUGGAAAGGUGCAAAACCAAUCCCACUAGCCAUAUCCAUAUUUAUAGGCCUAAUUUUUCGCUUCGCCAUUCCAAAACCUCACCAACUCUCCACUAAAGCGUGGCAACUCCUAGCCAUUUUCCUCACAACUAUCUCGGGCCUCAUCCUAGGCCCGUUACCGGUGGGCGCAUGGGCUUUCCUCUGCCUCACACUCACCGUAGUCACAAAAACUUUAACAUUUGCCGCGGCAUUUGCUGCUUUCACUAAUGAAGUCAUUUGGUUAAUUGUUGCAUCAUUUUUUUUCUCAAGAGGUUUUAUUAAAACUGGUCUUGGUGAUAGAAUUGCUUUGUGUUUUGUGAGUUGGCUUGGGAAAAAUACUUUGGGCCUGUCAUAUGGGCUGGUUUUGAGUGAGGCAGCAAUAUCUCCAGCUAUUCCAAGUACAACUGCAAGGGCCGGUGGGAUUUUUUUGCCCAUAAUUAAGUCAUUAGCUGUCACUGCUGAUAGUCACCCAAAAGAUGGUUCUGCCAAGAAGCUUGGGGCCUAUCUUGUUCAAUCUCAGUUGCAGUCUUCAAGUAGCUCAAGUGCCUUGUUCCUAACAGCUGCAGCACAAAACCUGUUAUGUGUGAAAUUAGCUGAGGGUUUAGGUGUAAAUAUAUCAAGUAAAUGGCUCACUUGGUUCAAAGUUUCUUGUAUACCAGCAGUUAUAUCUCUUCUAGCAACUCCAGUUAUUCUAUACAAGAUUUUCCCUCCAGAAAUGAAGGACACACCAGAUGCUCCAUUAAUGGCUAGAGGGAGACUGGAGCAGAUGGGUCCUAUUAAAAGUGAUCAAUGGGUGAUGAUGAUAGUAAUGCUUAUCUCUGUAGCAUUAUGGAUUUCUGGAGAGGCUCUUGGGCUAGCGAGUGUUGUCACAGCAAUGUUGGGAUUGUCUCUACUUUUGGCUUUUGGAAUACUUGAAUGGGAUGAUUGCUUGAGUGAAAAAUCUGCAUGGGAUACCUUAGCUUGGUUCGGGGUUUUAAUAGGCAUGGCAACACAAUUAACUACUCUGGGAGUUGUCGCCUGGAUGUCAAAUGCUGUAGCUAAUUUCCUCAAAUCUCUUUCACUACAUUGGUUCGGGGCAUUUUGUGUCCUUCAAGUAGCAUAUUUCUUCAUUCACUACUUGUUUGCUAGUCAAACUGCUCAUGUUGCAGCAUUGUACUCGGCAUUUCUCGGAAUGUGCUUAGCGUCAAAAGUUCCUGGUCUUUUUGCUGCAUUGGCUUUGGGCUACAACACAAACCUUUUUGGCGCGUUGACACAUUACAGCAGUGGUCAAGCUGCAGUAUACUAUGGAGCUGGUUAUGUGGAACUACGGGAUGUCUUCAAAUUGGGCAUUAUCAUAGCUCUUAUUAAUAUUUUCAUAUGGGGAUUAGUAGGAGCUGGUUGGUGGAAGAUUCUUGGCCUUUACUAAAACUGAAUUACGAAUUUUCUGGUCUAAGAACUUCAGGAUGGACUGCAUGAGGCUCUAAUUUUUUGACUUAAAAGGGAAGGAACUUAGAACUUAAACUUAUGUCUUUGCUUCUGCACACUGCUAAUGGAUUUAAUAGAAGAUCGAUCGCCUUCCUUCAAUUGGUGUAAUCUCUAUUAAAACGUAUGUUGUUCUCGAAUACUUCAAAAAAUGUCACACAAAAGUUGUGCAUUUUUGGAGGAUCUGACACAUGUACAACAUAUUUUUUUUUUUGGAGAAUCCGAGUGGUAUAGAUCAAAAUUUCUGAGAAGUGAAACAUCAGAUUUGUAGGUGAUUCAUCUUACAUAUACUGUCUUUGUAAACCUUAGUGAAAAUGUUGUAUACAUUAUUCUAGCUAGUUAUGCAUUUUUUUAAUUAUUUUU